CCUCGUGUCACUAUGACAAAUAUGUAACACCUGGAGUUCAGCUUGUUUUUCUUCAUUGCUGUUUGAGGUGUAAAAAGCUUUUAUGAUGGCUGAAGCUGGUUCAGACAGCAGGAGGGGCAGGACUAUGUUUCCUGUGUGGAGUUAACAUUUGACUCACUGGUGAAGGAGCCAGAAGACCAGACGGCUCCUCUUCUGCGGGCUGAAGGAAGAAACCGUCUACUGAAACAUGGAAAUCUGGAACUGUUGGAGCUGCGUCGGAGCUGUGGCUGUUUGUGUUUAUACAGUGGUUCAAACACUGAAGCGGGGCUGUCAGGCUGGACACUGGGCUGUGUGCCUCGGGGCCCUCGUGGCCCUCGGGUGUUGUCACUACUUUGGAGUUUCUCCGGGCCCCUGUGGGGUCGCAGUCUUCUGCUGCAGCCUGUGCCUGCACGCUGUCAUCGUGGGCAUGAGAGCAGACUUUGUGCCGGUGCAGGGACGAGCGGUGCUGGUGACAGGUUGCGACACAGGUUUUGGUCAUGCUCUGGCAAAGCUGCUCGAUCAGAUGGGAGUGGUGGUGUUUGCAGGUGUCCUGAAUGUGAACAGUCCCGGAGCCCAGCAACUGAAAGAGCAAGGAUCUGAAAAUCUGCAGGUCCUUCAGCUCGACGUGACAGACAGUUCCCAAAUAGAACAAGCUCAUCAUCACAUCUGGACCAAGGUUGGCAAGACGGGUCUGUGGGGUCUGGUCAAUAAUGCAGGAAUCAUGCUCUGUCCUGCUGAUGCAGAAAUCUUGCCAAUCACAAUGUGGAAGCGCUGCAUGGAUGUGAAUUUUCUGUCUGCUGUUAAAAUGUGCCAAGUCUUCCUCCCCCUUCUGCGGCACUCCAAAGGACGUAUUGUCAACGUUUCCAGCAUGGCAGCUGAGGUGCCAAUGCCAACUAUUUCUGCUUAUGGAGCAUCAAAGGCAGCGCUGACAAAUUUCUCCCAAGUUAUCAGACUGGAACUGGCUGCAUGGGGUGUCAGAGUCGCCUUAAUUCAACCUGCAGGCUUCAGAACAAAUAUCUUCAGUAAAGGUGAAGACAUCAGUCGCUUUCGAGACGAGAUAAUGAGACAUAUGUCCUCCGAUGUCCGAGAGGAUUAUGGGGAGGCGUACAUCAAGUCUCUCCCCAGUCAUCUGUCCAAAAUGGCCAAAAAAUCAGCAGAGGAUCUGAGUCCUGUACUAGACAACAUGUGCCACGCCCUGUUCGCCACAAAGCCCAAACUUAUUUACACACCGGGCCAGAUGGGAUGGCUCCUCCCCUUUCUGCAGCGCCUGUGCCCUACCGCCAUGUUUGAUGUCAUAAUUACUAAAUGUAUUAUACAAAAUGAGUGCAAACCAGCUGGUUUACACACAACAUGAACACAAACCAGCUGGUUUACACACAGUGUUAACGCAAACUGGCUGGUGUACACACGCAACAUGACUCCAAACCAGCUGGUUUAUACGCAACGUGAACACAAAACAGCUGGUUUACAAACAAUGUGAACACAAACCAGCUCAUUUACACGCAACAUGAACACAAGCCGGCUCGUUUACACACAACGUGACUGCAAACCAGCUGGUUUACACGCAAUGGGCCUCAUGUAUCAAUGUUGUGCACUUGUGGCGUAAAUUUACAGCGUAAACUUGAAAUACACCAAAGUCGCCGUGACAUGUAUCAAGCAGUGCACACCUGCCCAGUUCCAG